AAAUGAAAGUAGGAUCAGUGGAGACACAACAGUGGCAGCGCACAUUUUCGCUGAUGUGGUAAGGUGAAAAGCAUGGUGGUGGAGGUAGCAUGGUUUGGGUUACUAAACUUCAGUUUACAGAGGUGAACGUUACUGUUUUUCCCUUAAAAAUGUCUCUUUUUAUUGACCUCCUAAAGAUGAUGAGGCUCCUUCUAUGUAAACUGUUUUCACACAGUUGUGCACACUUUGCUUCUGUCAGGAUGUAGUUUUUCAUUCUGAUGGUACAAUCAUUAGAAUAAUAAACCUGGAAGUUUUUAUGAUCUCUAUGCUUGCAGCUGAACUCCUCGUCUCUGUAACAAAUGUGUCCACUGGGCUAAACCUGACGGAUUAAAAGGUCCGAUGAUUCCUUUAUUGCUCGGCUCUUCCCGCUGACAAACGCUCGCGCGGUGCAGAGCGCGUGGGCGAGGGAGCUGGAGCAGAGGCUGCAGUUAGUCUGAUGCAGACUGUCGACGCGGAAACAGUCGGACCAAACAGAGCACAAUGAGGGUGGAUGCAUCCUCAGCUAGAUGAAGUCAACGGCAGCAAACAUCAGGACGUGUGGGUGCCUGUGAGCCAGCUAUGCUAUGGUUCCUUUUGGAGGAUGAAGUAGUAAACGAUGGACUCAAACAUGUCUGAGGAAGAGUUGAUCAACUGCACCAUCAAGCAUGAUAUCCACCAGAAUGUCUUCUCCUUUGUGUACAUCCUGGUGCUGCUGGUUGGCGUGCCCUCGAACCUGUACUCGCUGUACCACGGAGCUCAACAGCUGAAGCAAAAGAACGAGUUGGGGGUUUACUUGAUAAACCUCACCGUGUCCGAUCUGCUGUACCUAUUCUCUCUGCCUCUGUGGUUGGAGUACUUCUUCCGGGGGGAUGACUGGCAUCACAGGGAGUGGUUGUGUAACCUGUGUGGUUUCCUGCUCUAUGAGAACAUCUACAUCAGCGUUGGCUUCCUCUGCUGCAUCAGUCUGGAUCGGUACCUGGCUGUGGUGCAUCCUUUAAGGUUUACCUAUCUGCGCUCCAUGAAGGCAGCAUGGCUCUUCAGCGCCACCGUCUGGUUGAAGGAGUUAGCUCUGGGUGUGGUUUUCUUUCAGAAAAAAGUGCUGAGCAGAGACAAAACCAACCAAUUGGUGUGCUUUGAGCAUUACCCCAUGGAACACUGGGAGCACCCCAUCAACUACUACCGCUUCAGCGUGGGGUUCAUGUUCCCGCUGGCCAUCCUGCUGGUCAGUUACCUGUGCGUGCUGCGCGCGGUGGGCCAGAGUGUGGGAACUCAGCCGGAUCAGAAGGUCAGGAUCAGACAGUUGGUCAGCAGCACCAUCCUCAUCUUCCUCGUCUGUUUCUCUCCGUACCACGUCUUCCUGCUGGUGCGCACGUUGCUGGAGACAAACUGCGCCUUCAUUGAAGCUAUAUUUAACUACUAUCACCUGUCGCUGCUGCUCACCUCCCUGAACUGCGUGGCCGACCCGGUCCUCUACUGCUUCGUCAGUGAGAGCGUCCGCCACAGCCUGUACCAAACUCUGGUUCAACCCGUGGCCAGGAUCCUCUUUUGCUGCUGUCGCCGUGGCAACGCCAGCCCCUCAAACCCUGCGAGUGACUCACACGAGGUUGCCACAGAUGAGAACAACGGCCCCCCCACGGUGUUGCUGAUCACACACACAACCUCAGACAACGACAUAAAGACACAGGUCUACAAAGAAGCACCUGAACUCCUAACGCUGGCGGUGAGGAGCGGGCUCCCCGCUGUGGACGAGUGCGGGGGAACCAAUGGACAGGCUGGUUCAGGGGCUGCUGGGGCUGGGGGGGGCAGAAACAAGGACCAAAGAGGAGCCUUUCAGGCGUCUGUGCUGAAAGCUUCAAGUGUUGCACAGACACAGUCACAGUGUUAGCUGAGCAUAGGGGGCGGGAUGGGUGCAUGUUUACAGCAACCUUUAAUAGAUCUGAAUAUGACUCCGCCCACAGGCUGUUUAUGUCUGUGUGGGGAAACUGAAAGGUUGAGUUGCACCAGGAGCUCACAGCUCUAAAAUAAAGUUAUAUUUUUAAAAAAAGCAAAAAA